AUGGGUGCCAUCAUAGAGCAGUUGGGAUACAAGCUAGUUUGGUCCGCUGGUAGUUGCAAGCUUUAUCCUCCUGAUGGUAAGUCGCUGAGGCUUCGGGUCAAAAAUGGUUGCCCAGAAUUGGUUGAGAGCCAGGCCCUCACAUUGAUAUCACAGUUGGAGAAAUGCACGGUGACCCGACGUGGGAUUGAACGCAACACAUCCCCAACUUCGCACCCCUCGGUUGCAUCUCACUCACGCUUGAGCCCUCAUACCACUGAACGCCCAGUGGAGGAUGGUUCCCAGCGUAGUGGUUCCCACACGUUGUGGUUCAGGUUGGACGCCAGCGAUGGGGAUGACGACAAUCCCGCAGGAUGCAAUAUCAGCGAUGGCAUCAGGGAUUUAAGCGUUUAUGACUUGGAUUGGACGCGCCUGCCACAUUCCCCACUCGGAAGAGAUGGGUAUACAGCAAUACCAGAUCUACCGCAGUGGUGUACGGGUGAACUUUGUGUAGAUGGUUCUGGGGCGUUGUGUGGGUUUGGGCCGCGUGACGUCCAGCCAACCGUCCACAAGGUCCUAGCCACCAAGCUAGGAGGAGAGCGCGAAACCACAGUGCCCAAUAGUGUUGCAGUCCCAGCAACCGCCUUCCGGGAGGGUGGGACCCACAACACACGCCGACGUCUGACGGCAAACCUCCUUUUCCAACUGUUGUUGUGGCUGCUCGUACUUGUCGUCCUUCGCAUAAGCUUGCCUUCACUUUGCACCGGCGUGUUCAGGACACUGCCCUCAGCAGCUACAGGCACUCCAGUACCGUACUGGGUUGAGGAGGAGCCGUGCGUUAGGUUGCUUGGUUUUAGUGGCACAGUACCAGGACCUCCAGUCCAGGAGGAGUCCCAACAACUUUUCGCAGGAAGUGUGCCGCUCAAACUUUUGUGUUUUGCCGCAGUACCGAAAGGCCUUGUGACAGCAGCCUUUUGGAGCGUGCUCGGGUUUAACCUGUUCCGCACUGCGGAAGCAAGUGCAGUUGGUCAACGUGAUCAGCCGGUGAGUGCUUUAUUCAGGCUUGUUUUCUUCCUGCAAGUCAUAGGCGCUGCUAGCCAGGCAGCAGACGAGGAAGAAGACUUGUCUCUCCCUGUGUCGCUUGAUGCAGAUUUGAUGUUGGCAGUAUCCAUCAUUUGCAUUGGCAUUUGCUUCAUUGCAGUGUGGGAGUUCUGCAAGUGGUGCCUUCAAGGCGUCAUCUCCCGCCGAAAGGCAGGGACACCCGUGUUGUCCCUGAGCCCCCGCAAGGCGCGUAAGUUACAGCGCCUUCGAGAUCAAACUGCGCAGGCCAUCCAGGCCGAGAUCUCUGCACGUGAGGAGGCAGCAAGCUCGCAGUCUGUUGCUGCAGUGCCCAGACGCCGCCCCUCACAAACAACUCGCACGCGUGAGCAGGCAGGUGGAGCACCAACGCGCUACUUUGCAACACCCGAGGGGACCAAGCUCCACCGCACUAAGACCUGUUCCACGCUCGCCCACUCGCACAGGUUUGUUGAGUUUCAAGUGUGCCAGCAGUGCCACCGGAGUGCUGCCGACCACACCCAGCACAGCACAGGGUAG